UUUGUGACGUCAGGCUGCGCGGCCAGGCUGGGACCAGGCGGCGGCUCGCGGAGGCGCUUCUCCGAGCGUGACGUGCGGACUCCGCUCCUCCGCGGCCCGCCCGCCCGCCGGUCUAGCCGCCGCCUCCCUAGCUCCGUGAACGCGCCAGGCGAGGGCCAGCGGCCGGGGCGACGCGGCGCGGAGAGGGCGGGCGGGCGGGCUGUGGGAGCGCCGGUCUCUAUAUGGCGGCGGCUCUGUCGGGCCUGGCUGUCCGGCUCUCGCGCUCGGCCGCCGCCCGCUCCUAUGGGGUCUUCUGCAAGGGGCUGACUCGCACGCUGCUCAUCUUCUUCGACCUGGCGUGGCGGCUGCGCAUCAACUUCCCCUACCUCUACAUCGUGGCUUCCAUGAUGCUCAACGUCCGUCUGCAGGUUCAUAUUGAGAUCCAUUGAAGGCCCUCCCGGACUGACGAAGGCGUGACCUCAGGCCCACAGCAUCCAAGAACACGAAGCAUGAGGGACAGAAGGGGGUCCCUCGGCACCUGCCUGGCACAAGUGCAGCAGGCCGGAGGAGGUGACUCGAACAAACUGUCAUACAGCCUUAAGAAAAGAAUGCCGACGGAGGGCCUUUGGCCUGCAGAUGCGCCCUCCCGGAUGAAUAAGCCUGUGGUUGAUGGAAAUUCACAGAGUGAGGCAUUAUCACUGGAAAUGAGAAAGGAUCCAAGCAGGGCUGGCCUCUGGCUUCACCGUGGUGGCCCAGUGCUUCCAUAUGUGAAAGAAUCAGUAAGAAGAAAUCCAGCCUCAGCAGCCACUCGGAGCACAGCCGUGGGUUUGCUCCCUGCUCCAACAGAGUGUUUUGCUCAGGUGGCCUGCAGUGGUGUUGAAGCUCUGGAGCGGGACUGGCUCGGAGGAGGGCCCAGGGCCACCGACGGCCACAGAGGACAGUGCCCCAAAGGAGAGCCUCGGGUGUCACGACUGCUACGCCCUCAAAAACUGCCGGAAAUGGGAAGUUUUCAGGAUGACCCACCAAGUGCUCUUCCCGAGGGUCUGGGCUCUGAGUUGGAACCCUCUUGCCUGCACUCCGUCCUGUCUGCAACACUGCACGCGUGUCCCGAAGUGCUCCUGAG